GAGUAAAAUGCGCCGGCCUCACCCCGCCACUCUAUUGCGUCCUCUUCCUCUCGAUUCGAAUCUUCACCUCCCUGACCUCUUGCUAGUUGCUACCAUCUCGAAUUACCAAAAUCCAUACUAAUAUCCAAAAAUUGAAUCAUACAGACAAAUACCCAAAUUUUAAAAUAAAAUAUCCAUUUCUCAGAUGGGGCACUCCAAAUUUCAGAUAUUCACUAAACAAAACCGCUCCCUCUUCUUCUCACAAACCCUCGAACGAAAAAUCGAGAGAAUGGACCGUCUUCUUCGUCGUCAGCCGAUUGCCAUUCUCAGAUUCUUCUCCUCCAUGGCACCGAACGACACUCUGCGGCGCCGGAUCGCGAGGGCCGGCGAUCCUUCGGCUUCCGUCAUUCCUCUUCUCGACGAAUGGCUUGACCGCGGAAACCAACUCAGGCCUUCCGACCUCCAGAGCAUGGUCAAAAUGCUCCGCAGAUUCAAGCGCUUUUCCCACGCCCUCCAGAUAUUGGAGUGGAUAUCUGAACAAAGAAUCUACAAUCUCUCUGCGGGAGACAUCGCAAUUCAGCUCGAUCUGAUUGCGAAAGUUCGGGGUUUGGAAGAAUCAGAGAAGUUCUUUGAAACCACUCCUGUGGAUGUGAGGGACUAUCAUGUAUACGGUGCUCUCUUGAACUGCUACGCAAGCAUGAACUCUGUGCACAAAGCUGAGGCCACAUUUCAGAAGAUGAGAGAGUUUGGGUUCAUCAAAGGCCCUCUCACAUACAAUGUGAUGCUGAAUCUCUAUACACGUCUAGGAAACCACGUUAUGAUUGAGAAACUUCUGCACGAGAUGGAGGAGAACAAUGUGAAGCCUGAUAGGUUCACUGUGAACACACAACUGCACGCUUACGCAGUUGUGUCCAACAUCGGGGGCAUGGAGAAGUUUCUGAUGAAGUGUGAGACUGAUCCGGGGUUCACAUUGGACUGGCACGCAUAUGUUACCGUGGCAAAUGCAUACCUCAAAGCAAGAUCAACGGAAAAGGCAGUAGCAAUGCUGCGUAGAUCGGAGCAGUUAGUGAAUCCUAAGUCAAGAAAGCUAGCCUGCGAGGUUCUCAUGACGAUCUAUGGAGCUGCAGGUAGAAGAGAAGACGUUUACCGUCUCUGGGACUUUUACAAGAGCACGGGACAGUUCUACAACACGGGAUACAUAUGCGUGAUCAGUGCGCUCUUGAAGGUAGAAGAUAUCGAGGGGGCUGAGAAUGUUUACACCGGGUGGGAGAUCGGGCUUCUCCUGUUUGAUAUGAGGAUACCACAUGUGUUGAUCUCUGGUUAUUGCAAGAAAGGCAUGAUGGAGAAGGCUGAGGAUGUCGUGAGCAGGCUGUUGCGAAAGGGGAGAAGAGCUGAUGCAAGCACGUGGGAGCGUUUGGCGCUUGGGUACAAGACAGUGGGUCAGAUGGAUAAGGCAGUAGAGAGGUGGAAGAGGGCCAUAAAGGCGAGCCAGUCUGGGUGGAGGCCAAACAGGCUCGUGCUUGGUGCGUGUGUGGAAUAUUUGGAGGGUCGGGGUGACAUGGAGGGUCUGAGAGAGGUUCUGAGACUUCUGAGUGAGGGAGGUCACGUCUCAUAUGAUAAACUAGUGAAUGAUGUGGAUGGAGGUGGAUUGAGUUGGAAGAUCAUCAAUGUGAUGGGAGGAAACCGAUAUGCUGAUGCGUUCGAAGAAGAGGGAGAAGGAAAGUUUAGCAGAGAGAAACAAGAAACAAAUGGUUUGUUGUAGUACGAGGAUUAUUGCCUUUCUGAGUAGUAUUACUGAAAACGAAGGAGAAAGAAAGAGCUUACAGAACUAGAGGAAGAAGAGUCCCGAAUCAGGCCUCUGUUCAUGAAAGUUGAUAUGAGAUGUCUGCUACUUUUGAGCAGUGUUCAUGAUUUAACCUGUACCGAGAAUAUCUUUGGAACCUUUUGGCUUGUGCCGUCAGAAGCUUUUAUUGUUUGAGUAA